CAGUCUCACGUCUCUCGGUGUGUCUCGGUCUCACAGAUAGAAACAUCAGUCAAAGCGGCGGCGUUAGAAUGGCCCCUUGUUUUCUUCAGCUCUGAUCGGGACUGGCCCACAGCAGGAUGAAUGUGUCUGAGGAGCCCCCUUACAGAGAGGAGGCAUUGUUGAGUAACUCCUCAUGGGACGAGUACUCUCACAACUACACCCUGGUCCCUCCACUCAUGUCCGACAAGAGUGGGACGUCCAAGCCAGCAGCAUGUGAGCAGAUGCACAUAGCUAUAGAGGUUUUUCUGAUCCUGGGAAUAAUCUCUCUGCUGGAAAACAUCCUAGUCAUCACAGCGAUAGUCAAAAACAAAAACCUGCACUCACCCAUGUACUUCUUCGUCUGCAGCCUAGCUGUUGCAGACAUGCUGGUGAGUGUGUCCAAUGCCUGGGAGAGCAUCAUUAUUUACCUCCUGAACAACAGGCAGCUGGUGGUGGAGGACCACUUCAUCCGCCAAAUGGACAAUGUCUUUGACUCCAUGAUCUGCAUCUCUGUGGUGGCCUCUAUGUGCAGCCUGCUGGCCAUCGCUGUUGACAGGUACAUCACUAUCUUCUACGCCCUCCGGUACCACAACAUCAUGACUGUACGCCGUGCUGGCUGUAUCAUUGGAGGCAUCUGGACUUUUUGCACAGGCUGUGGCAUAGUUUUUAUCAUCUACUCCGACUCCACCCCUGUCAUAAUCUGCCUGGUGUCCAUGUUUUUUGCCAUGCUCCUCAUCAUGGCUUCGCUCUAUAGCCACAUGUUCAUGCUAGCCCGCUCCCAUGUCAAACGCAUCGCCGCUUUACCCGGUUACAAUUCCAUCCACCAGCGUGCUAGUAUGAAAGGAGCCAUCACACUAACCAUACUCCUUGGGAUUUUCAUUGUGUGCUGGGCACCAUUCUUCCUCCAUUUGAUUCUGAUGAUUUCGUGUCCACGGAAUCUCUACUGCGUUUGCUUCAUGUCGCAUUUCAACAUGUACCUCAUCCUGAUCAUGUGCAACUCAGUGAUUGACCCACUAAUCUACGCGUUCAGGAGCCAGGAGAUGAGGAAGACGUUUAAGGAAAUCAUUUGUUGUUAUAGUCUGAGGAAUGGCUGCAACAACCUGUGCGCACUAACAGGCAAGUACUGACAGCAAAAGAGAGGGAGAACUCUAAUGGGAUGUCCAAUAGACUGCAGAGUACAUGCUCCAUAGUCAUACUGUACAUUUUCCAUGUACUGUACAUACUGUACUAUAACUGUGUUGGAUAUGAGAAGAUAACAAAUUGGCAAGUGAAGACAAGACAGGCUUUUAAAAGUUCUUGUUGUUCUUGUAAUUUGUUGUUUAUUGAGAACAACACAUGACCAUAAAGAUCUGACAUCAAGAUAUGAUUAAAUAGGUGUUAGUGUUAGGGUUAUCUAUGAAUGUAUUGUCAGAAUGUAGUAAAUGUUUUAUCUUACCAAUUUUUUCUACAGCUGUUUAAAAACCAAUCCUGUUACCUGCAGUAUGUAUUAAUGUUAGGUCCCAACCAUAGACUGUAUAUAUAAAUGGACAUAGCUAACCUGCUAGCCACCACGCUUCAAAUAGGAAUUGAGCAUGGGCGCGCUUCUGGCUCCAUCAACUCUGGCUCCAAUUCACUUUACAUUGAGAAACCGUCACCCUUCUUUGUGUAACUGCUGCAGUGAGCCUCUUCAUUUUGGUCUUAAAAUGUUCGUAUUGAACAGCUCUACAAGAUCCUUGUGUUUUUAUUUUGCCAUUUGUCCGUAAAUUCAGAUAUACAGACAAAUCAGGUGCCUUUUUUCCCCGAGGUUGCUCCCGCUAGCAUUAGCAACAGGUUUGAUUGUUAAACGCUCCCUGCUAACCCAGCGGUGAGGGUGGGAAUGGGCCUUACCUUCAACAGCCUUGCUCCGGAUUGGCUCUUUCAUUGCCAUGAUACUCACUGUUGGAACUCGGCUCAAAAUUCGCCCCGUAAUGCCUCGAUGAGUUUCCUUUGACUGGAGCCGAACGCUAUGGGUGACGUCACACUUACUUAAUCCACUUCUUUAUACAGUCUAUGGUUCCAACUUUUAAAUACAUUUGAAUAUGUUUUAUAUUUCUUCUAAACAAAACAGUACAUGCACAAACAACUGACAAAAGCAUGGACAAAAGCAUCGGCAAAGCUUUUGUGGGCCACAUUGUAAGUAGUCAACCUGUAACUCAAACCAAAAUAGACCCUGUUAAAUAGACAGGUACAACAAACACCAUCAUUUACUAUAAAAUUCAUACAACUUAAUUAUAAUACUUUGAUUCUAUGUGUCAAUUGCUAUGAAUGUAAAUGAGUUGGCAGUUGUUAGCAUGCCUUCUGUGCAUUUACAAAGCUGAUGCAGUGAUGUUUACACACAUUACCAUUGUGACUGAGGCCAAAUCUCCUCCAAAGAUAAGCUAUAGGGGGCUUAAGCUGUCUUAGAUGUAUGUAAACAAGUGUUUUACCCACAGGAAUGUUCUAAAUGGCCAAUGGGGAAAAAAAUCAAUAAUCCACAGAUGCUAUUUUGAGAAAUCAAUGCACAAUCUACAUGCAAAUUGUCAUUUCUUAUUCCUAACACUUGAUGCCAUCACAGCUUCUACAUAACUCAACUAUUUUAUUCAGGGUAUCACUGGAGGAAAAGUAUAGAUGUCAAUAUUUUAAUAUAUAUCAAUAAUAAACACAAAUGUACAUAUGUUUGGUUUACCGACUGAUCACAGAAUAUAAAUCUUAGAGUAUAUUCUUGCAAAAAUGUCAUGUAUUUCCAGAAUGCUGUUGUUGUGUAAUCCUGUUGUACCCAGUGCAUUGAACACACUGUCUACACUUGAUGUUAACCUCAUGGCUGGUUCAUUUGCUGUCCGUAAAGUAAACUUCCUGUGAAUUUGUGAACAUCAACAUCAACAUUACACUCUUCAUGGACUGACAUUUGGUGCUCUCUUAGUGGGCGGCUAAUGAGCUUUUCUGUCAGUGCUCAGUGCAGUGAAAAUGGGCUGACUUAGUGGUCUCUAAAAAAACAUAAUCUCUCCUCCUCCUAAGCUGAGUGUCUCUCACCGAUCCAUGUACAAAUAAUGUAGAGAAACACUUGAACUGUAUAAAGAAUGUCUUAUUGGUCUCAUAUAGGUGUCCAUGUGUGCUGGUAGCUUCAAUCUUGCUUGUCUUUUAUUUGAAUAACAACGGAAGCUGGCAAAUGUAAGUGGGUGUUCUUGGUCAUCCAUGCAUGUCAAAAUCCUGACAGUGAACCAUUAAGUGUAAGUAAAAAUACAGCAUUUUAUGACACAAAAUAUAGCUUGUACUUUAAAGCUUUUGUUACUAAAAUCAUGCAAGCAAA